AUGAUUCACGCCUUCCACCUUCAGGCAAGGCUCGAAAACCGCCUCCGAGUGAUGCUCCCUCUCGGGAAUGCCUCCCGCCUCCGAGCGAUGCUUCCUCUCGGGAAUGCUCCCGCCUCCGAGCGAUGCUCCCUCCGGGAAUGCUUUCCGCCUCCGAGGAAUGAUUCACGCCUUCGGGCAUCGGGCGAGGCUCGAAAACCGCCUCCGAGCGAUGCUCCCUUUCGGGAAUUCUCCCGCCUCCGAGCGAUGUUCCCUCCGGGAAUGCUUUCCGUCUCCGAGUAA